AUGAACGAAAAUGUUAUCGAAAAUCCUAUUGCUGCCCAGCCGAGACAGAAGUUGUUGAUGCCCCUUAACUCCGCUCCCAAAGUCUCUUCUCUUCCAAAUCAUCCGGAAGACGAGACUACUAGAUUGACACCUGGCGCAUCUCUGGCCGAAGAACUUUCAUCUCUUGACUGGCUUCAGACUGAAAUCUUUUUGCCUGGAACCGUAAGACCAACAAAGAAGCUAACGAAGCAUAAACCUCUAGCUGAGAUUGAUUGCUUGCAGACAACCUGUUCCGCUGGUUGCGUGCAUAGCAUCGAUGAAAGAAUAAACGAAGACUUACACUCUCUCAGUUGGCUGCAAGAUAGUAACCUGCUUCCGAUAUCUCCCAUAGACGGUGAGGAUGAUUUGCCCUCAAACUCCGCCAUGCAAGCUUCGUCCGUCGAAAGGGUUCCCGUUACUGCUGAAAACUUGGCCCCAGGUCCUCUCGCCACUACGCCGAUAGAGAAUUUUGAACCAACUGUCCCUUCUUUAUCCAACGACGGUUCCUCUCCACGUCUUCCGUUCGCCACGUCUCCUGCUGCUUCCACUGCAUGCCCCACUAGCACCGUUUUGAGACUGGUGAAGACCAUCGAGGGCAACAACGUGCCCGUAUUUCUUUCACAAAGACCAACCAAUUUUCAACGUCUUCUUUGCCACCCAGAUUUUUUUCUCAAUAAAGCGAAUAACUUGCCUGCUAGAUCUUCACCGUGUCUUCGACGUAAAGCAGAUACUGAAGAGGAGGAACAAGAAGAAGAAGCCGGUGGGUCUCCUUCCAAGAGGGGUCGCACAAACUUUUCGGAAAAGCCCAUUUUCACCUAUGCUCAAUUGGCCUUCAUGGCCAUUGAGUCUUCCCAGUCGAAGGCUUUGGAGUUUUCGCAAAUUUGGGAAUGGUGCAAGAAUAGCUUUCCAACCUACAACAUUGGGAGUAGGUUGAAGACAUGUUUGCGCCACAUCCUCUCCAGCAACGCCUCUUUCCAACGCGUCCCUCAGGUAUACCUUCACUUUUGACAUAUUUUGCACCGUUGGCGCUCUGCCUACCCUUUCCAUACUUUUCUUGUAUAAUGGGAGCAGAAUAUUUGCUUUUGGAAUUUCAAUUAAUGCGUGGGUAUGAAAAUGUACUCCGUUUUCAGUGCCGCGGGCUUAACGAAUUGGCAAGACACUGCCUUAGUCUAUCCUCCUCUACUUGUUUAUAUCUUUGUGUUCUCUAAGUGAUACUUGUUGGACCAAGUUCACCCCUCCUCCCCUUUGCCCUCCCAUAUUUCCGCUGGAAUAUUUGCGGUCACCAACCGUAGACAAAAACACACGCAAUAAUAAGUCAGGUUAAAAUGUUUCCAACAGAUAUUUUGAAAGACGGCUUAUGCUUCCUCAGUCCUUUGUUCUAACUGCGUCUAAGUAGGAAUCUAUCAGUAGUUUUUUUCGCGUCAGACGGCCUUUAUUUCAAAUAUUCUGUUGGAGAAGCUAAUUUGUCUGUGUGACCUUUCUCCCUUGGAAUUAUUUCCUUAAAAACGGUAUUUUUUUCUAAAAUAGAAGUAGACAAUGCCACUGGAAUGGCUUUCACCCCUAUUAAAUUACACGCCUCAAAUCUGGGGGGAUGUCUUGUAAGUGGUAUGUGAUAGCACCGAAAAAACGAACGCGUUUCUUUAAGUUUCAUAUGGCACCCUUAGUCUGCUACCUGUCACAAUGAAGACUGCAAUUUCUAAGUAACGAAAUGCAUCCUUAUGGUGCCUCUUCUGAAUAGAAGCGUGUAUUUCUUUGCGCAUAAGUAUUUUGUACUUUUUGUGCUAGACUCCGCCAUUCGUGGGAAUCCUGUGUGCUUGAAGUUGGAUGUUAAACUCGUCGAGCUCAGCUGCCUAGGAGCGAUCGGCAAAAGUUCGUGUAUCAGAUUUAACCGGACUUUGUGGGAAUAAAUAAGCAGCCAAUCUCCAACUCGUCUCGCCUCUGUCUGCACAGCUCCCGACGAUGCUUUACAAAUAGGCAGGCCUGCCGCACUUUUCCAUCUCUUUGUCCCUUUUCAGUUCUGGAGUGGCAGUUCCUCUCUAGCGACACUGUAGACCAUUCAAUAAGCCCUUACUCACAGGUGUCCCGACGGUGGUACCUCCCUGCUAGCCGACAACUGACUGCAUCGGCUGGAAAGUUAUCGGAUUCCUCCCUGCCUCGAAGUCGGUCAGGGUACUCGUCUGAGCUGAACAUUUAUUCGAAAUACCGUAAAAACCUAUGACAUGAACUCAACCGCAUUUCCGUGUUUCGCAUCAUAGCUUAUGCACGGCAUGCGUUGAAGCUCUUGAGUAGGUGCGAAUGUUGGAUUACUGGUGCAUGUAUUCGUAAGUGUUUAGGUGAGGUUGCAGAACUUAUUUUCAGUUGGACGUAAUAUAAAGUUGGUUACCGCAAGAUAGCAUAGGAGCUUUUGACCAAAAGUCCUUUCAGGCAUAGGUUUAACUUGAUUGCGGCAAAAGGGUGUAUUUUUUCACCGAUUUUCGAUGCUUGUAAAAAGUCUAUCAUACCUACAGUAGAUAUGCUAUUUCAUGAAAUAUUGGCAAAGUUAUGAUGUGUUUUCGAUUCUAAAAGAUUGCAUAGAUGGGGUUCUGAUGUUAAUCAGGUUGCAGCAUAAUCCUAAAAUAUUUCAGCCACGCCACUCUUUUGAAUGAGCUUCUUCUCGCCCGCCAGCAAGUGCUACACUCCCCAAAAAUGACUGCCUAAGCAUUAUGAUUUUUCCCUUUAUUUCGGAUGCCCCUAAUAAUUCAAUUAUGUUUUAUAGAAAGUGUGCAAAAAAACACUCUUGUACUCAUCUGGUAGCAGACAACCUUUUAUUCAAAGUUGUUUUCAGAGAAAGGGUCUUUUAGUUUUAAAAAAAUUCCAAACUAUGAGACUUUUAAGCCGUGAAAUAUCCAUUCACACGGCCUCUCAUCAACACGUUUAUUAAUUAUACAUAUAAAGCGUACAAUCUAGUACACAUCUGUUGCGCAGUCUUAUGAGUGCUGCAGAACGCCUUUCUAACAACAUAGAGAAAUAUGUGAUAUUCCUAUGAGGGAACGUAUGCAACUUGUGGUUUAAAAAUCCUGAAUACAAAUGUAAGAUCAGGUCGGAUCCUUAAUUAUUCGGGAGUUGCAAAAGUCCCUGAAAACCGAAGGACACGCUUUCUUUAUGUAUUAAACUCAGAGAAGACGUAAUUUGUUGCCCAAUGACUACAGGAAGGAAUAUUUUUCUGUACAUUUUCUAUAAAAUAAAAUGGAAUUUGUAGGCGCAUCGAAAAUAUGUGGGGAAAAUUCAUACUACUCAAGUAGCCGCUUUUGCAGACGGCCGAAAAAAGCCCAUUCAAAAGUCGGCAUCCUGGUCUGACCAAAAUAUCUCGUGGCAAUGGUGAACGAUAAUCAGCAUUGGAACCCUACUUUAGUAAUCUUUUUGAAUUGAAAACACAUUUCAGGAUUUCAGUUAGCAUUUCAUGAGAUAACACAUCUACUAUAUUUGAAACGAAGGAACUAGGAGUAAAUUCCGAUUUUAAGAGUUUUUUUGUAAUUAUGACGAUUUUUGGAACGCCCUUAUGUUUAGUAAUAAUGUUUCUUAUCCUAAAGUCUAAUAAUACUGCUUCUUAAAUAUGCAGUUGGAUUCCAUGUAUACGGGGAAGUAUGACCACCAUAAUCUGUCUUAAGGAACAUGCGUAACAGUAUGUCGUUUGGCAGCCUUAGGACCAGGUGACCGCACAGUUUGUGUUUCGAAAUGUACAGUUACUAGUAAACUUUAAAAAUAUAAAUUCUCCCUUCUUUCAAUUACCAAAUUUGGCGAAGGCUUCACUUUCUAUAAAAUGGUAUGAGAAGCGUUUUGGAAGUCCUACCUGUCAAGUCAGAUUUAUUUGAUGUACUCGUCGAAAGUUAAUGGAACAAUGGACUGCGUCAAUGACUAUAUUCUUCCGCAUACGGUUUACGCAGACGUGUGUAAAAAUAUUCAGUUGGAAACCAACAUACUAACCUGUAAGAUGUGCGCUAGGAUUAUGUUCCCUGCUAAUCAGUUUUACAAUCCCACCUGGGCAGUAUUUUCUACUUGGAAGCGUUCGGCAAGCCUUUUUCGAACUUUUGCUGGGGGGAUAUGUCUCCCGACCCCGUUAAAAUCGUAAGGUACCGUUUAAGAUCGAAUCUCACUUAUCCUCUCGUUGUACUUCCAUCUAACAAACCUUGCAGUUUUUGUUCCUACUGGUCAUCUUUGCAAGUAUGGUCGUUUUCAGCUCGUUUUCAUCGUCCUCCUAAAACAUAAUUCAGUGUGCCAAAAGACGAGUUAUUCACGCAACUGCCCGCUCGCUUCUCGCGAUCUCUCGGUACACGCCCGUCCUGCAGGCGCGCUUCUUGUGAGUAUGGUCCCGCAGACUAUUGUUUAGCCCUAAUUUACUCAAUAAUGUAUGACUCCCAUUCAAAACUGGGUUACGGCUGCCGUAGUAGUACACCCGGAUAUAAAUUAAUGUGUCAACCUCGUCUCCUGACGCUGCACGUAAUGCCUCCUGGUAUCCCAUUCAGGAUUCAAAUCCAACUGCGACGACGGACAGUUUGUAGCCAACUUUCUCUCUGGAGGUUUUGGCACAGAGGAGAGUCUUGAGAAUUCCUCGCGUCAUCUUACCCCGUAGAAUGUGCUAGCGCCUAGCUUACAAACGGUUACUCGGUCUACAUAGGGCCUCACGCGCACUUGUUAUUUAGUACAGGCACCAUAGGUUUUCAAUCGGUGUUUGCUCCACCUCAUCGUGUGGUCCAGCUGCCUAAAUGAGAAGGCCUUACUGCUGAAUAAGAAAAAACUGGUAGUGGUGACGGCGGCGGCAGUGGUGAAAGAAGAAGAAGGAUAUAGAAAUGGACUUUGAAGCCUGUGCUGAUGCUGUUGUGUAGACGCAUGUCUGGCUGUUGGCAGGUCUCAUCUGGAUUUGUAGUGUUUGUUAUCCGGUAACCAUUUCUGCCCUACCUUCAGCCGAUGUGCCACUCGUCCUCAAAGCUGUUCUAUCAAAUCGCAGUCCUGGUGCUUGGCUAGUAGUGUUCUCCUUUGGUUUCGGUCUUUCCUCCCAAGAUGUAAUACUGCGCGUGAGUCCUUCCUGCGACUUUGCGUAGCCGUCUUGGUUUUUUUUGGGGCGGGGGGCGACACCUACCACAUCGUUUAUCAGAUGCGCUGUCCGUUAUGGUGUCGCGCGGAAGUUAGAGGUAAGCCACGCAUCCUUUCAAUGCAUUGCCUUGCCUUAGGUUCCUCAUUCUGCAGCAUAUCUGGUGGCUGAACAAGUUUAAGUUUUGACUUUGUGGUCUUGCAUUAGAUUUUCUGCCAAUGAUAGCGAUCCAUAUCCUCACUAGCAUUAGUGCAAACAAGUGCCCUUCUCAGAUCACUUUUUGAAAAUCUUAGGCUUCUCAUUAUUGUACACUGCGCCGUCCGUUAUGAUCGCUGACUUCUCACCCCAUUCUUGAAGGGUCAGGGCCGACUGUCCAAAUGGAAAAUCAGACCCGAAAUGAAGGAGAAGUUGUUGCACUCGUUGCGUUUCACCGCCGUUGAUGCAGGCCGAACCCUGUCCCCCGACGUGGAACGCCUUCUCAGGCGAGCUGAGGAAAGUUUUUUCACACCGGAACGCUUGGAAGUUGCGAACUCGCUCGACCUGUGACAUCACUUGUAAAGGAAACACCUCCGAAUUCGUUUCAUUGCCGCCCCAGCCAAUUGUCUUUCAUGUACGUGAAUGUUUAUUCUCGCGUGUCCACCUGCUCUUCCCUGAUCCAGCCUUGCGUAUUCUUAACAUCCUGUGUUAUUUUCAGGUUCGUAUCUUCUGGUCGGCAUUCUGUCAAUUUAGAGUUUUGACGCAAAAAAAUCUUGUUUUUCUUUCUGCCAUACUCUAGUCAGCCAACAAACAAUCUUAUCUCUCUCUUCAGAAUAUCAUUUACUAGGCAAUGGAGCUUAGAACGAUAGUGUAAUCUGCCUCGCGUUCUUUCGAUCUACAGCCCAUCCACCAACAACGACUUCCCUAGGUUUGCGUGCAUGCUUAUUUUGUACUGUUUUUAUUGAAGCUCGUCAAGUAUUUGGAUCUGUUGUUUUCCCAAGUCGUUAAGCAAGUUUCUGCAUAGGGUGCUGGCAAAAGACGUCAGUUUAUGCGUAUUUUUGGGGUCUCGUCCGUGAUGGCGGUGCCCCACUAAAGGAGUCACAGACUUUUUCCUCACCAACUUUGGGCUAAGAUGUGGACACUGUCGAACGCCCGCAAACAUAAGUUGAAUUAAGCCGAUCACUACUCGAAAUUUCGGUCUGUCCACCAGAAAACAUUACCUCCUCUUGCGCUUUCAAGACUGUGCAAUGACAGCCUCCUGUUGCACAUUUACAUGGAUUGCUGAGUCGCUAGACUGUCACAUACCCCCAAACGUCUACGACAAAUGCUCACAGUUCCUAGGCUUCGCGCACUAUUCAACUUGUUUUUGCUGUCACUCUCCCGCCCCACGUUAGGUCAAGCAGUUGGUUCUUCUCGUUGUCCGAUUCCUUGCAUCCGCUUGCUCUCGUGGUAGUGUUUGUGUCGAAGGGCGCUGAGGCUGUAUGGGCCUCCGGCGUAUUGUCUCGCCAAACUCACAAUCUACAUUUAUGUUUCGAGUUUCAAAAUCAUGAUUGCGCCGAAAGCACCCGCGCCUUCCCCUUUAUCCUCUGCUCUUGAAAAAUCCCUCUAAACUGCCUCAUCUGACGCCCAGGUUUCUUUUUGUCUGAUUGCAGAUCGGCCACGUCAACAAGCUUGCCGGUAA